AGGAAUCCGGCGGGGCGCAGGGUGCCUCCCAGACGCCUCAGGCUCUCUCUUCUGCUUUUCUACAGAGAAAGACCCACUCUGCCCCGCGGCCCCGCCCUGCCGCUCCCGCCGGUGACCUAAACUGCUAAGGCGGGGCGCUGUCGUGCAGGAGCGCGGCCAACAGAACUCAAUCUCAGCCAAUCACAGCGAGGUCCUUAGAGAGGGGCGUGGCUCGGCAACUUCAGCUCGCGACUGGACCAAUCCGGACCCCGGAGGCCAAAGCUGUUUCUACCUGGGCCCAGGUGCGGUCCGCUCUGCAUCUCCCGGUGGCUCGAGUGCAGGAUGGAGUGUACGCAGGAGGCCUCGGGAGGAGGCCAAGCCGAGGCUGGCUUCCCAAAGGAGCCCUUGGAAAGCCAGAUCCCCGGGCCAGCCCAGCCGCACGUCCCCGCGGAGGCGCAACAGCCUGAGAGUCCCGAAAGCAGCCCGAGCCUGGCCCGGGUCGUGAAGGAGGCAGCGGGCGCGGGCCCGGACCUUCCAGAUGAGAAGAAGCUGCCUCCCCCUCGCCCCGGGCUCCUGAGGGUACCGCCACUCAGCCUGGGUUACGGGGCCUUCCGCCGCCUGGGGUCAGCCAGCCGCGAGCCGCCGUCGCCUGGCCCCUCCUCGGCCGAAGAGCCCCGGGAUGGCGAAGCAACUGGAUGCGAGUUGGUGCCCUGGUCCACCCCUGGUGAGCAAGCGCCCGGCCCUUGGGCGCCCAUGGAACUGCAGGUGGACGUGCGCGUCAAGCCCGUGGGCGCGGCCACCGGCAGUCGCGCGCCCUCGCCUGCGCCCUCCACGCGCUUCCUCACGGUGCCAGUACCCGAGUCCCCGGCCUUCUCCCGCCACUCCUGCACCCUGCAGCGAGCUCCGUCUCCGGGCGUCACGUUAGGCCGCUGCUCGCCGUUGGCUGCUACCCAGACCGAGCGUGACCACCACGUGGAGCGCCAGGCCGAAGGGCGCCCGGGCUCUCCAACGUGUCGCUGCCGCUGCCAGGAGCAAGGACUGGGAAAGGAGGACGCGGCCCUGCUGCAGCGUGCUGGGAUGGACGGUAAAAAACUACCCCGGGCGAUCACACUCAUAGGGCUGCCCAUGUACAUGAAGUCUCUGCGCUGGGCCCUGGCAGUCAUGGCUGUGCUCCUGGCAGUCUCCACGGUGACCAUUGUGGCCUUGGCCUCUAGAGCAGGAGCCAGGUGCCGGCCAUGCCCUCAGGACUGGAUAUGGUCCAGGGAGCACUGUUACUACCUCUCUUCAGAAGCACAGGACUGGGAGGCCAGCCAGGCUUUCUGCUUGGCCCACCAUGCUACCCUGCCCCUGCUGAGCCACACCCAGGACUUCCUGAGCCGAUACCAGAUCACCAAACGUUCCUGGGUGGGGGCCCGGCGAGGCCCCCAGGGCUGGCACUGGACUGAUGGGGCCCCUUUGCCAACCCAGCUACUUCCAGAGGAGGGUGAGGACAACCCAGAUCUCAGUUGCGGGGUCCUGGAGGAAGGCCGGCUCCUGGCUCUAGACUGCAGCUCUCCCAGACCCUGGAUCUGUGCCAAGGAGACCAAGUGAUUUGGGUUUCAUCUUGCCCAGCCUGUUGGGGGCCAAGUUUCAUCAUACCACCCACCCACUCUUCCAGACCCAGAGGAAGGAGCCAAUCAACAACCACAGAUGAUUCCAGUCUGGGUUCCCUCUUGACCCCACUGACAUGAGUCUUGCAAGUGUUGUGGCAAAGGGACUUUGGCAUCAUUGCUCAGGUUCCAUUUCCAGGCAGCUGAUGUACAUUGACACAGGUGACCAGCCUGUGACAGUGCCAUAGGAACACAAGUGGGCGGGCCUGGAGGAGGGCAGGGGAGCUUUCCUUCCCCACCCUGCAAGCUGGAGAGGCUGGUGGACAGUAUGGAGGUCUAGCACGUGGGGCUGGCGGGGGCCCCCAGCUAGCCAGUGCCCCAGGUUGGGAGGAAGCUAUGGGCCUCCUGGGUAAGUAAGGCCAAGAGAGCUCCCCAGCUUGGUAGGCGGAUGUUGCUCCAGUGAGGAAAGAACACAGAGAAAUGUGGGCCGGUUGGGGACAGCUCUUCCAAGCUGUAGGAGACAACCACCUUGAAGACAUGUUAGGGUUCAGUGAAGGCCUUUGGGCCAGUGGGAGAGCGAGAGGCUGGGCUGGAAGAGUGUGUAGUCUUGCAAGUCUGUCUACACCUCCCCAAACCACUGGAGUCUUAGUGCCACGACGUGUGUGACGUGAUCAUGCUGUGCAAACCAGCAGUUUCUGCUUGAAGUCAGACCACGCAGGCAGAAAAGCCUUUCUUGAGCAUUUGAACCAGUAACUGCUAUGGGCUGUCUGGGAGAAAGAGAUGGACAGUCUUGAAUGGGUGGAACCUCCCACCACUCUAGGGCAGUAACAACAAAAAGUGAGGUGGAAAUUUCCCAUUUGCUUGGGAAAUUCUGGCAGCUCACUCAGUCAGAAAGAAGAAAGUUUAAAAUAAAACUCAGUUCUGUGGACUCCAAAGGCCACACUCCUGCUUCUCCAACACACUAUGGAGAAAACCAGGAUGUCAGUGGCCACCAAGGGGAGGAGAUCCUGAGCUAUCUAACACUCAGGAUCA